AUGUUGAGGUUUGUGCUGUUCGUAGUACUGCUGAGCCUGUGCAAUGCUCAGGCACCUGUCUGUGACCCUACUUUGACGUCGUUCCAUGCGGACAAGUUGAGUUGUACUCAGUACUAUACCUGUUUCAACGGAGUGGCUACACUGCAAACGUGCCCAGAUCAGAAGUACUACGAUGCUUCCCGUACGCUCUGUGAUAUACCCGCGAAUGUACCCUGCACCAUCGGACCGUGCACCGGAACCACCGGGUUGACGACUGUGGCGAUUCCAGGCGACUGCACUGGUUACAAGCUAUGCUUGAAUGGCACCGAGUUCGACAUGAAGUGCGCCACUGGAACGUUGUAUGAUGCAACCUAUGGAGACUGCGUAAUGGCAAAGAACAGCAAGUGCGAGGAGAACCCGUGCCUCACUGUCGAUCCGGCCACCGCAUCACCUUCCACAUUUUAUCCGUCUUCAAAGUUGUGCAAAAACUAUAUUAUCUGCAACAAGCAGACUCCAGUAGUACGCACAUGUCUCAGUGCUACCGUGUUUAGCCCUACCGUUGCCAAAUGCGUUCCUCCGGCAGAAUAUACUUGUCCACCUGGCACUUUUUGA